UAUCCGACGUGGUAAUAAUAUCAGUUACGUGUGUCGCUGCAGUGACGGUAUAUAAACCGAUGGGAAUAUUAUACCGUUCGUAAUACUUGGAGCAAAAUAAUAUAUUAAUAUUAUUAUAACACGGGCGCAGUUCAGUUCGGUUAGUUUUGGUUUUCGUUCAACGUGUCGUGUCCGCCAUGAGAUGGAUUCUGGCGCUGGCGGCCGCGGCGAUGGUCGCGGUGACGGCCACGGCCGACUUGGAUCUGUUGCUGUUGCACGUCAAUGACGUGCACAGCCGUUUCGAAGAGACGGACGUGAAGUCCUCGGACCACUGUCCGGCGGCGGACUUUGCCCGUGGAGAAUGUUACGGUGGCGUGGCCCGGAUAGCCGAAGUGGUGCGCACGGAGAGGCAGCUGGCCGCCGACAAAGGGUUGCCGUCGCUGUUUGUGGUGGCCGGCGACAUUUUCCAAGGGACGCCGUACUUUACGUUUUUCAAGUGGCAGGUCUGCGCCGAAGUGGUCAAAAAACUGAGACCCGAUAUAAUGGUAACGGCCGAAUCCGUUGUUCUAGAUAUAUAGGCUCAGAUUAGGACGCGUUAGGUUAGGUCUGGUCGGCGUGUACAGCGGUUUUGCUUGGAGAUUUUAAAAUCGGGAAUAUUUCACGUUGUACAGUCGCUGAAUCGCUUUUCGACAUUUUUUAGUAAAUGUCCACUGCUCGUACACUCACUUAUUUUUUAAAACAAUCUCCACGAGAUCCAACCAAACCUUUCCCUUAACUUUUGGGCAAUCCCCGAAUUUUCUUUCAUUCAAGAGUAUUUUUAAUAUGUAAUAAAUUCGUUAAGGAUUUAUUUUCACACUGUAAGUAAAAUAUUACUCUACCGAGUGUCUAUUGAACUUGACUAUACGUCCAUUUGCAGACAGAAAACCUCCUUGAAAAAUGCCCUGAGACUCAAACAGCUCCCGGUUGAAUGAAAAUAUCCGAUACGAAGUAUUUUGUCAGAAUCAUGCGUAUUUGAGUUGGACUCAUCGACCUAAUCUAACCUAACAGCGACGUAGAGGUUAAACCGUCGAUUGUCUAUUGUAAAAUAAAUGGUUAAAAAUAAUAAUACUACGUAUACAUAUAUAUAUAUAUAUAUAUAUAUAUAUAAACGACGGACAUAUAUAUAUAUAUAUUAUAUAUUAUACAUAAUACAUGGGCAUUCUUCACACGAUGGGCGUGUCAUUAUUGUAAAUAAGAAGUUGGGAAGGUAGGAUAUAGAGGGGAAUUUAAUUUAAAUCUAUACGAAACGAAAAACCAUUUCUAAUGAAAAACACGAUUCGGACCGAAGUUUUUUUAUACGUCAAUUUCCCCGUUUUUCUCAAUCAUUAUGAAAACCACUUGGAAAAUCGAAAAAUGACCUCUUUAUAAUACCAACUAGAUACAAUUUCUUUUCAGAAAAGGUGUUAGUGUAUUUGAUACUAAGAGAUGUCUGCAUGGAAAAAAUAAAAUGUAUAAACAUCAUUGUCAAACCAAUAAAUUCCUCGCUACGCUCCGAAUCUAAAAUAAAUUAACGAUAAUAGGUACAGCUUCAAUGUUUUACUGAAACAUGCUUCCGUGUUCCGUGUCCUUCGUUCGUUCAACAAAUCUCGACCCCUCGUUCUCUUUUUGUAAUAUCAAAAACUAUUAUUAUACAUUAUUGUUACUUUUCUUAACAAUUUACACCCACUACUUAUACAUAUACAGUAUACAAUUUUAAUUUUCUAAUAGUGACAUUGCCAUCUCCCUUUUAAAUAUAAAUUUGAUUAUAUAAAAUGUACCUAACAUUCUAAAAUUUUAAUAUGAAUAACACUUAUAGCGGAUUUGAAGUGUAAGCCCAUCAUCCUUCUGUACGUCUUUGUUAAAUAUCAAUAAUUCCGUAAUAAACAAAAGUAAAAUAAAAAUAUAAAUCGAAUUCACUUAAUAAUUAAUAUCUAACGAGAAAAUCGCUUGAUCGAGAUAAAUGGACAUAUAUGUAUUAGUAUUUAAAAUAUAUUAAUGCAAUUUCCGUAUCGUUUCAGACAUUGGGAAAUCAUGAAUUCGACGAUAGUAUAAAAACGCUCGUUUCGUAUUUGACAGAUAUCAAAAUACCCACGGUGUUAACGAACUUGAACAUGACGGAGUACCCGACUCUAAGUGCACUCGUAUUACCGUCGCGCGUGUUCACGAUAAACGGCACGAAAGUGGGCUUCGUUGGAUACUUGUCGACUGACUGCCCGGUAAUUAAAAACAGUUAGUCAUUAAAUUGCACGUUGAAAAUAUAAUACAAUAAUAUUAAAAAUAUAAGAAAGUUUAAAAAUUGAAGUUGCUAUUGACAAUUUUUUGAAAUUAAAAUAUAAAUAAAGUUUAGCAUUUUAUUUAACAAUAUGAGGUAAAGAUAUUUUAUUACACAGUAAAAAUUAUUUAUUUUAGAUUUUAAGUAUACCGAAAAGUUAUACAAAGAUUUGUUUCUUUUUCUGAUUAUAAAACAUGGUAUGAUUUUUUUCAUCCAAUAUCUAUAAAUGUCCACCACUUAAUUUUAAAUAUUUUUAUACUUGUUAUAAAAAAUUGUUUUUUCUCUUUUCUUUGAAAUCACUUUUUUGAUUAGACAAACUCUUUGAUUUUUGAACACAGUACCUAAAUAAAUUCGGAAUUUCUGUAAAGUGGUAGUUACUUAUUUUAUAACAAUAAUUGUAGACAUUUUCAACAAUUCAUCUUGGUCACCUAUUUUUGUUUUUUCUUGGAAAAUCAAUUUUUGUUUAGAAUACUUAUAAGAGAGAUAAAAACUUAAUAGAACGUUUCUGGUAUCAUUUUAGCUCCUUGUUGAUUCAUAAGACGGGUAAUUUUUUGAAAUAUAUAGUACGAUAUUGAUUAAUUUUUGGUCUUAAAAAUGUAUAUGUUCUAUCGAUAAUGUUUCGUUUUGUUUUUGUUUUUUUAAAAAUUGUAUUAAUAAAAAUUAUAUUAAAUCAAUUAAUAAUAUUACAAUUUUUCCAAAUUUAUAUAAAUUUCUGUAAGUAAAAGUGCUUACAAUUUCGAUAAGUUCAGAAAUCUCAUGAAAUUCAUUUUCAGUGAUAUGCCGGAUAAAAACGUAGCCUAGAAGUGUUAUGGCCAAUAAGAAGUUUUCAAAUGUAUUAUUGAUUCAUAUUUCAAAAUAAUAAUAUUCUAUAUAAACAAUAAUCCUAAAUAUUAAAUACUUUUGCCAAAUAAAAUGUAUGGUUAAACUUAAUUUUAUAAUUUAUUUGUAAUUCUUUGUAGUUCUUAAUAUCUUAUUUUUUGUACCAUUAAAAUCUAUUUAUUCUUAAAAAUAUAAAAUCAUUAUCGAAGUGUUUAUUUUUAUUUGCAUUGAAUUAUAUUUAAUUUAAAUAUUUAUCUAUAUUAUGAUAUGUAUAAUAAUAAUAUUACCCACAUACCUACAUAAUAUUGUUCUUUAUUAUAAUAUGCAAGUUAAAACGUUAGUUUUUUAUUUUACGAAAUAUUUUUAGUAAAUACAUAGAUUAUAAUUAAAUAAAAAAUUAAUAAGUAGUCAAAAGUUUGUGAGAUGGUUGGAUUCUCGAAAUUCCCUUCUGCAUAUGUGCCUCUGAACAUUUAACUUUAUACUUUUAAAGGAGGGGCAAUGCCACAACGGCAUCCACAAGUAGGUAUAUAUAUAUAUAUAUAUAUAUAUUCCUUAUGUAUGCAUGUAUCCAUGUAAUUAAUUUUGUUUAGUUCCCCCCACACACAAAACCAUCACGCUACGCUUAUAACUAUUACAGUAGUUUAAAAUUUGGAUUCGACGAAUAACCCUUAAUCAUCCGGAUAAAAUUAUGUUCUCAAGUCCAUAGCCAACACUGGACGCAUUAAGUUCAUGAAAGAGUCGCAACCUAUAAGGAAUGAAAUCAAAAAAUUACGCGACAGCGGCGUGAACAUAGUUAUCGCUCUCGGUCACAGCGGCAUCGAUGUGGACAGAAUAGUCGCCAGAGAGGUGGAAGACAUCGAUCUAAUUAUCAGUAGCCACUCUCAUACGUUUUUAUGUUCCGGUAAGCGUAUUAUGCGUUCGAUAUUGAUUAUUUGUAUAUCUAGUUUUUAUAAUAUUAACUAUAAUUUCGUGUGAUUACCAUCAUCAUAACCUGUAUACGACAAGGCAGGUGACGAUAAUUUUUGAAAAAAAAUGUUCUCCGCAUAAAAACUACCAAAACUCGGAAAUUUCAAAUGUCUAUAAAUAACCCUGCCAUUAUCACGUAGUCUAUAAAGGACAAAAUAUAUGCCUCGUAUAUUAUUUUCAUCCGAAUUGCAACAAGAAUACACAAUCGUAAAUGAUUGUAAAUUUCCCAGUUUUCCGUUAUGUUUUCUCCAAAUUCCCACACAACAUUUACAAACAGAUAUCACGUUCAUGGAGUUGAUAUACGACCUGAGCAAGAGUUAAUAAAGGUUUUGAAUAGACAAAAAAACCGUUUUGACAUUUUGAACGACUUAAAUGUUAAAUAACUAAAACUUCAGACCGAACGAAUAAUUUUUAAUGAUUUUUUUAGGUCCACCGCCCAGCAUUGAAAUCCCGUAUGGACCGUAUCCGUUUUACGAGACCAACGUGAAAAAUAACAAACCCGUACCAAUUAUAACGGCGUACGCGUUUUCAAAGUACAUUGGCAAAGUUCACUUGAGGUUCGAUUCCAAAGGUGACUUGACUAGUAUCGACGGUUCGCCAAUAUUACUGGACCGUAAAAUAAAACAAGGUAUGCAUAUUUAAUUAUAAUGCUGAGCUAGGAGAAGUUCGAUCAACCAGCAAUACCGAAUAGAAAAUAAAUUGAACGGAUUAGAAAUAAUCGAUAACAUUUAUAUAACAAUAACUAAUCCGGAUUAAUCGGAAUUUUUUACCAUUUCGGUCUUUCCGAAUGGUAAUGCGUUUUAUGGUUUGAAUUACGGAUUAUAUUAUGCUCAGUAUUAGUAUCUAGUUCUACUAUCUACGUAUAGUAAGUGACACAAUCUUUUGCACCGAUUUCAGAUCCGUCAAUGUUGACGUUGGUCAAUAAAUGGAAACCAUUGGUAACGGAAAUUACAAACGUGACCGUCGGGCGUACGUUUGUAGAUUUAUCGUCUCAAUGUGGUUUAGAGGAAUGCAAUUUCGGAAAUCUCAUUGCGGAUUCGUACGUAUACUAUGUAAGGAAUUCUUAUCUUAAUAUUACUUGUUGACGUAAAAAAAAGAGAGCUGAUACUACUGAUGAAUACGCCCAGUGGCAGAUUUUCAACAUUUUUCUGGAAGGGGUCCUGAAAAAUCAUAUGUAUUUCAAGCAAAGUUCAGCUAUACACAUUUUGAAACGCUAUAAUUUUUAGGAUUUUCGUAAAUAUUUAAUCUAAAACUCUUAUCUUAAAAAAUAUCUUGGUGGUAAUGUAGAAGUUUUGUUUUGUCCACUAAAUACAACUUAUAAUGAACUCCGUGUUAAUAUUAAUAACCGUCUAGUAUUUCUGUUAGGUUAAAUAAUUUUAUCUACAUAGUAACUACCGAAGAGGUAGACAAUUUGUUUAAUAACAGAAAAAAAAACAAAUAUCAGAGUGAAACCUAUAAAUUCUUCGCUUUGCUCAGAAUCUAAAAGUUGGAAAGCUCGAAUAUAACGUGAAGUAAUAAAUUUAAGUUUGUAUCUAUACCCAAGUAUAAACCAAGGCGAGAAAUCGUUCUGAGAGAAGUUCAGUUACUCAUGUUUUUAAACACUAAUUUGUACCGUUUCUAAACAAAAUUAUAAAAUUACGCUUAAAUUUGUUUUGCCAUUUAGUACAUAUGGUGGUAACUUAAUGUCAAAUUUUCGAGCACUUUAUCUGGAUCAAACCAAAAAAACUAAAAACAACUUAAAAAUUCAAAAGAGUUAUAUAGUUCUAAUCUAUGUAAUCGGUGAAUAUUUUAGGCCACUACGAUUAUUUGUAAUCGAAUUAUAACAAUAAUCAAAAUAAAAAAUUGUCGCCAUUCUUUUUCCAAAUUACAAAUAUUAAGAAAACUAUAUAGAAAAUUCAAAAUUUUCUUCUACAAUGCACCGAAAAAACAUCAUUUUUUACAUAACAUUCAUCGUUCAAAAAUCGCAGUAUAACGGGUGAUUUUUUUUACUGUGUAUUCAAAUGAAAAAUACAAGUCUGUAUACUCAUACAAAAAUUAUGUCAAAUAAUACAUUUUCUAAAUUUAGUAACCAAUAUCAACCUGAUUUUUGGUUUAAAUAUCGAUAUGUAAAUCUAGAACAGAAUAUAUAGACGUUAUAGUAUAUGCACGAAAAAUAUUGUGCGAUAAAUACCCUAAUAUUUUGUAUGUAUUUCAAUUGUUACAUAAAAUUUUAAGAACGUUUUGAAGAACCAUAAUAACAAAGAAUAUUGGACAGACAGUCCAAUUGGAAUUAUUCAAUCCGGCGGUAUAAGGACUACGAUCAAAUACAAUAGCAAACGAAACGGUAGUGUAUAAUAAUUUACAUUAUAAAAACUCUGAAGUUUUUAAAAUUAUAAUGGGUUUUUUUUUUAUGUUGUCUGAAUAACAUUGAUUUCCAUUUCAUAUUCUGAAAGUGUCACACUAGUGAUCAGUCUAUAAACAUUAAACAUAUUAUCUCAUAUUGUUAUUGUAAUUCAAUUUACUUUUUUAUUUAUCUUUUGAUGAAAAAUACCCAAAAAAUCUGCCAAUAGUGUAUACAAAUAUAAGUUAUACAAACUGAUAAAACUGGACAUGUUUUCAGUUUUAAAGAUAAAAGUCUAUAGUUAAUACUACAAUGUAUAAAAUAAAACCAUCAUUUUUUUUAAUUUGGUGUUAAUUAACUAUUUUAUAGGUUAUAUAACCUUGGGACAGUUGACCACGGCCAUACCGUUUAUGAGAAAACUCGUCAAAGUAACAAUUUCUGGCUCUACUCUAAAGGAAGUGUUUGAACACAGCGUCACUAAAUAUGGUUUUCCUUUAGAAUCUAAUCGAUUUCUACAAGUAUCUGGUAAAUAGAUAUUAUCUAAUAAAUAAGAAAAUACUAAUACUUUAUAGUACAAGAGUUUCAGAAUUGUAUACUUAGUAAAGGUACCUGCAUAAAUACAAAAUUUGUUCCGUUUUUCAGGUGUUCAAAUCGAAUACGAUUUAUCACAAAAUCCAGGAAGCCGGGUCAGUUCGAUUUAUCUCCGGUGCGGUAAAUGUGUCGUACCAAAAUUCGAACCAUUAAUUUUGAACGCUAACUAUACCAUACUACUGAACGGUUUUUUGGCCAGAGGCGGUGAUAAUUACUGGAUGUUCAAGAAUACCGUAAAGAAAAACGUAAUUUUAGGUUUGUAAAAAAAAAUACUUUAUAAAUAUAAUAUAAUUUAAUAUGUAUACUGUACUAUGUACAGUGAAAAUUAAUAUCUGAGACAAAAUCCAUCGAUUUAACAAGAUUUGAUAUUUCCCAUAAAUUAUCCGUUAUGUCGUAUAUUAUAUAAUGAAAGUUGUAGGCAAAACUUUAAAUUAAAAUAUGAAUUAUUCGUUAAAAUAAGAUAUUUUACAGCCGCAAAUUGAUUUAAAAUUGUUUAUAUUGUAUACAAUUAGCUGAACCGGCAAUGCUUUGCUAUUGCCAGAUAAAAGUAUAAAUAAUAAUAAUAACAACAACAAUAAUAUUUUUCUUGUCCAUGACAACCAAAUUGUCAUCCGAGUCAUUAAAGUAACCCACGAAUAAACAAAAUAAACAAUUAGAUAUUAAAAAAUAUAUUUAAAAUAUUUAGAUAUUUAAAAUGUCCAUUUUAUUCCUUUAGGGGUUGAAUUUUCCAAAAUCUGGUCUUGAUUUAUAAUAACUAUGUGUAUGCGAAAUUUCAGCUCGAUCCAUCCAGUGUUUUGGGUCUGGUGAUGAUGAAUCUUUCAGUCAGUCACUCAUGAUAUUUUAUAUAUAUAUGCGAUAACUGUCCCUGCCAUACGUUGAUACGGCUUUAAUCUUUGUAAAUAAAGAUAUGGAAAUAUUAUUCCAUAUUAUUAUAUUGUAGGUACCUAUUUAAAUUUAAUGAAACUGUAUUUUUUACUGUACUUGUUAUUUUUGCAAAUUUUUUUUUUUUUUACUCAUAUUCAUUUUUGUUUUGACCGUGUCAAAAUUGAAUCAAAACAAAUAGGUAGUCCAUCUUCGGCUGACUAAAAAAGUUUUAUUGCGACAUUUUUCCACUAUUUUCAUAUCAAAAAUAGUUAUUUUCUAAACACCGUUUUUGAGGAGAGAGGGGGUGGAUUUUAAAGGAAGAAAAGUCUAAUCUAACCCAUCAGGAAGUGGGGAAGUUUGAAAAUGGGAGACCGCAUGUACCGUAUUAUAAUUGUCACUCGCAGACGACACGGCGUUCCCUUUAUACUUUAUAUGCGUAUUUGUAGACAGUUUAAAUUAAUAUAAAAUUAAUAACUCGAUUGUUAAUCUAUAUGAAUAAAAAGAUGGACAUACUUCGUACAAUGGGUGGGCCACUAUUGUAGGUGAAAAGUCGGGAAGAUAGGAUAUAUAAGGGAAUUCAAUAUAUAUUUGUACGCAAUGAUUAAUCUUUGCUGACGAAAAGCGGUUAUGAGCGAAAUUCAGUUAUACAUGUUUUAAAAGGUCGUAAUAUUUACGAUUUGAAAAUAAUACAUUUCAUAAAUUUUCCUUCUUUUUCUCAUUUAUUUAAAAGUUGUUCACAGAAAAAAAUAAAUAAACAAUAUUAUAGAUUUUAGAAAACAUUUCUGUUACUAACAUUUUUUUUCCGAUUUACAAUGAUAGACAUUUUGCUGAAAGAAAAUCUGACCGGAGUGGUACUCAAGUACAUUUGGGUACUAUUUGAGUACUUACGCAAUGGGCAAUCGUUAAAUACAGACAUACAUUAAAUUUCUCAUCUACCUUCUCAAAUUCUUACCUAUGACAGUGACCCACCCACAUGAGAAGUAUGUCCGUCUUUCUAUAUAUGAUAACAAUUUAUUUUGUUCAUCUUUAUUAUUAAGGUAACUUAUCGUACACCUAUAAAAAUACCUUAAAACCGUAUUUUAAGAGUGGAGCUUAUUCGGGAUGGAAACUAACCUAUAUUUUAAGUUUGACCAAAUCUCACUUAUGAACAUAAUAUUAUCAUAAUCGGUUGUGUUGCAGUGUUGUUGUUAGAGUGCAUUGCACACAAAUCCAUUGUAUGCUUCAUUUUUAUGUGUAUAGGAAAUAUACAGAUCGUUCUGAAGCUUUAAGGGUUGGUACCACUGAGUGGUAAUGAUUCACUGAGUGUGCUUACCCUAUUUUUUUGGUUAAAUUUUGAUUUUUAAAAUUUUAAGUAUAAUUAAAGCCGAUAUUUUCGAUUACUUAGAUUUUUUACAACAUUUAUGGGAGUAUCUUGACAUUUUGGUUUUCAAUUGAGAACUAAUAUUAAAAAUCAUAAUAGUUGACGUAUUUGUUUAAAUAUAUUUCGUUGUUAAAAUGUUUGAUUUCCAUCAAUAUUGGUACAACAUUAAACAAAUUUUAUUAAAGAAAAUGUAUAAAGCUUAUUUAAAUUUUUUACUAUAAAAUGACAUUUAUAUUGUUGACAAAGCAUCACUAUCAACUGAACUCCCCUCUGAAUCGUUUUUUCGUAAGCAAUAGUUUAUCGUUACCUACAUGUAUAUAUAAAUUCCCGUCUAUAUCCUACCUUUCUAAUUCCAACUUCCACCUACAUCAGUGCCUUCAUCCGUCAUCAUUACCUUACAUUUCUUUUUGUGUUUAUUCUAAAUAAAUAAUAUUAUAUUCCGUGUUCUAUAGAUGUUGAUGAUUACAACGUAACAGCAGUUUAUAUGAAAGCCAUUAGUCCCAUAAUAACAGGAAUAGAAGGCAGAAUAAAAUUUAAAAGCCAUAGCACGAAGAAUGAAAAAUCAACAGCGUCCAAUAUUACAUAUAAUACUCCGAGUUCUCGACUACAAUUAUUAUUAAUUGUUAUCUUUUCUACGUUACUAUUUUGUUAUCAUUAAGUAUAUUAGUACAAAUUGUGUUAUGAAAUAUUUGUUCUCAUACUUAACUCGUAUGAAAUACUAUUUCUUCACUAAUCCAUUAAAAUAUUUUUUGAUACAGUUUAAUUAAUAAUUAAAUUAAUAAUAUAAUUAUGUGUAUUAAUAAUAGUAUUGAUAAUAAAUAUUUAAUUUUUGCUAAGUUUGUUGGACACAUUAUUGUUAAGUUUCAUUCGUAUACUAAUAGUUUAGUUAAGUUUUCACUACCCGAUUCUGCGAG